AUGACUUCGGAAUUACCGUCGAAGAAAAUCGAAAAAGAUUGUUUUCCGUGCCGUGUGACUGGUACGUUAAGUUCUGCUGCAAUUGGAGCCUUUAUAUUCUACGUGACGGCGACUUCAAAGUAUUACGUGAAUAGGCCCUACGUUAAACUGGCUGUUCAAAGCGGAGGCGUCGUGUUUCUUUACGGUUCUCUGGCGCGUUGGUUUUACCUUCCUCCAUUCGAUCCUUUGAGGCCUCGCGAAAGGGAGAUAAGCCAAUGA